AUGAUCCUUCGCCCAGCCUCCAUCUCCCUCUCCAUCGCCCAUCCUCUCCGUCGCUCCUCGCACGCGACCCUCCCACUCGCCACCGGCUCCGCCUGCACCACCACCCCCUCCUCAACAUGCGUCGCUCGAGCACGGGGUCAGCGUCCCUUCUCUCACACCCGCCGCCUCGAACAGGCCGGUAACGCACCUCAGAACCACUAUGAAGUGCUGAAACUCCCCAUGCACGCCACGAAAUCAGAGCUAAAGCGCCAGUUCUACAUCCUCUCCAAGGAAACCCAUCCGGAUGUGAAUCGCCAAGACCCCCAAGCUGCCGACCGCUUCGCGCAGAUCAGCGAGAGCUACUCCGUCCUCGCGGACCCGGAGAAGCGGAAGCGCUAUGACCGAGACGUCAUGCGCGCACAGCAGCAGCACGACCGGCACGGCCGACACCACAGCGGCGGCGGCAGCAGGUCAGGGACAUACGCGGGCCACCGGCCUCCCUCGGGCCUGAGCAAGAGACGGAGCGUGUUCAAGGGUCCCCCGCCCUCGUUCUACGCACAUGGCGGCGGCGGCGCCUCCACGCGGACACAGCAGGACGCUCAAGCCCGCGCCCACCAGGCAGCAGGCCAAGAAUACACUGGUGGCACAUUCGAUGCGGGCGCCUUCUCCGACGACCCAAAUGCGACGUUCGACUCGCGCCCGACGUUCAAGACCCAGACGCACGAGGACUACCGGCGCAUGAACCGGCGGCAGGCCGAACUGGCAGCCGCGCAGGUCGCCGUCGAGGAAGAUAACUUCUGGGCCAGGUUCACUAUUGUGAGCGGCAUCAUUGCUUUGAGUGUCGGGGUCGGCACGCUCAUCUUGAAAAUGGCGAGCACUCCUCGUGGGGGCGGGUUGACUCGCGCAGAUGGUAGUAGAAGGGAUUCGGCGAAGAACGAGUGGACGAAAGGCUAG